AUGGAGCACGUGCGCCACCGGAACGACGUUGCCGUCUCACCCGCAGUUGUCGCCAUCUGCGACCGCUACAACGCCGGCACAGACCUCGUAGUGCACCACGUGAACGCGUUCCUCGACGUCUCGUUCCAGUGGACGCUCAUGCGCGCAGCGCUUGCCGGGCACUUGCACCUCGUGCAACGCGUGAGUCGCCGUCACCCCGAGACGUUUGACUGCUGCUGUCAAGAAGCAAUGGACUCGGCUGCCGAGUUUGGCCACCUCGACGUGCUGCAGUGGCUGCACGCGACCCGACGUGAGGGCUGCACGACGGACGCUAUGGACAUGGCGGCGUGCAACGGCCACUUGGGGAUUGUCCAGUGGCUGCAUGAGCACCGACGAGAGGGCUGCACGAGCAACGCUAUGGACUUUGCGGCGCAACAUGGCCACUUGGCGGUCAUCAAGUGGCUGCACUACAAUCGACACGAAGGCGCGACGCAUUAUGCAAUUGACAAUGCGGCAACAUCAGGACACUUGGACGUGAUCCAGUGGCUUCAUCGUCAUCGAGAUGAAGGGUGUUCCCAGUCAGCUGUCGUGAAUGCCAUUCACGCAGGACACGAAGACGUGGCCAAGUGGCUCGCGACGAACUGCAAAAGAGACUGUGUCGGCAAGUUGGGCUUUGUCGAGUACUUGGCGAGACGGGGGUUCUGGGACGCUGCGGCCAUAGUGGAAAAGCAUCCGUACUUGAAAGAACUGGUCGACGAAAUGGUGCUCACGGAUAACGAAGACGACGGGGAGCAAGACCUGAUCGUUUUGAACGGAGAAUUCUAUCUGCAGUGGAACACAGACGUCGAACACACGUGUAGAUAA